AUGAGCUUUACGUACUUCGGAAUUCGCCUAGAAGCCACUUUAGUUUACAAGUCAACUAACGCAUCUCAAAUCGAAGCACAAAUGGCUGUUACACAAUAUGAACGUCUUUGUUAUAUAGCCCAUGAUUGCAGUGCAUCGCAGUGGAAGUGA